GCCAUUACCCUCAGAUGUCAUUUUAUUCUCAUUAUUGUUGAUUCUGGAGGAUUUCAAUUUUAGAUCACCAGUUUGAGAUGAAAUCCAAAUUGGCAAAGUGGUUUUCUGUAAAUGGAUGAUAUGUAUUGAGGAAUUGAUUCCUUAAGCUUAGUGGCACAGAGGUUGGUUAGGAGCACCUGAUAAUAUCCCUUUCAGCUUGUUUGGAACAAGUCCUUUAAAAUAUGUUUUCGAUAGACACAAUCUCCUGGUUGAAGUCCAUGGUCCUUGAGCUUUUCCUCUCCUGGGAGCUCACAGUGGAAAGAGUCUUUUACUAACUGACAGUUUUUAGUUAAUUGCUUUAUAAGGCUGGUGCAAUAAUACAACAUAUCCUCUUUUAAUAUCAUAGAUUCACAAUUUCUUGGAGACAAUUUCAUAAGUCUGGCUAUUAUCAUUUCAAAUGGAGACAGUGUUUACCAAAAGGAGUCAAUCUUAGGUUAAGGAAAAUUAAUGAGAGAGCUUUUGGCUAAGGAGUUUUUAAAAACCCUGUUAAUUUUGCCAAUUAGGUUUUGAUUAUUUCAUAUGUGCAUCCCACUAACCCAAUGACUAGGAAUGAUGGUGACAAUGUAAAUGUUGGAGAAUAGGCCAGGUAUUGCAUACUGACUAGAUUAUUUGUGCAGUGAAAUAAGUACCUCUAUUGUUUUGAAAUUCUUGAGGAACUCCCUAAGUCAGAAUAAUUUUCUCUAAGAGAAGUUUAUUUACCAUUAAGGCUGUGCCUCUUCUGCAUGGAAAUGGUUCUUUCUACCUAAUGAGAAAACAUGAAUCAUCACUAGAAUAUACUUGUAUUCUUGUGAUGAUAGUAGCUGAAUAAAAUCUAGUUGCCAUGCCUCAAAAGGGACUCUGGUAAAGGAAAAUGAUCUUGAGAACUAUGUAUAGGUUUAUGUAUGGGUUUAAACAUAAUCCCUGAAUUAUGUUUUGGGCAGAUAUGGCAGCAACUAUAUACCCUAUGAGUGACAGUUGGAGAAGGUUUCUAAUAAUAUUGUUUUCUCCAAGCAAUCAUCUUAUUGGGGUUCAAAGAGUUAGGUCUUGUAUAUAAAUUAAGAUGACUAUAAUUUAGUUAGAAGUAUUGAUAGACUCUUUGGUCUGUAGCCCAGUCUCAGAAGGAUAGAUUCUCCCUUUUGUUUCCCAGUUUUUUUCUUUUGUUUUUGCAGUUUUGGACUGAACUAAUUUUAUAUCAAAAUCAAAUGUUUGUAUCCCCAUAAUAUCCUGAAAUAAUAAAAAAUAUCAAGUCUUUCUUUAAAGCUAAAAUAGGUUGCUUUUCUUCUUCAUAUACAUUUAGAGUGGCCCUUUUCGCUGUACUGUGAAUUGAUUUACCUUGCUUUCUGGAGUGUCUGAUUGUGAAUGGCCUGAAAUUUUGAUAAUGGUUGAUGAUUUUGGCAAUAGUAUGGCUUCCAAUAAUUCUGAAACAAGGUGUCAACUUUUUUAUGGACUGACCAGAAAAGGUCCAAAACUCUUCUUUGUUUCCAUAGUAUUCCAAAGUCGUGAAGUACUCUGAAAGCAUAACUGCUUUCAGAAUAACUAUUUACAGUUAUUUCUUUUGCCCAUUGAGAGGAUGUAAUUGGUACUAUUAACUGUGUUUGUUCAGCCAAGGUCUCACCUGGAAGAUAAGCACUUUCAAUUUGCUCUGUCGAAGAUACUGUAGCAUAACCUGCACAGUAAAUUCCAGAUUCAUCCUUUAAGUAAGAUCCAUCUGUAAACCAAAAAACAUCAGUGUUAGUAGGGGGUGGGGUGUUUCUUGCAGGUCCAUCCUAGGAGAGAACAGCUGGUCAGUUAAGAUUAUGCAAUCAUGUAGUGUUUUAUCUGAAGGCAAGGGCAGAAGAGUGGCAGAUUUUUUUCACCACUGAAUACUAUAAUAUGGGGAGGAGAAAGAAGAAAAACUUGAUAAGAAACCGGUCUACCUACUGAAUAUUGUUGAGUGUGGUGUGAGUUUAGAAGUACUUCUACAGAAUGUGAAAGGAAGAUAGUGAUGGGAGAUUCCACCACUAUUUACCUGGUUGCUCUUAUUAAUAGGGCAGUAGCAAUUUUUGCUUUCAUCCAAGGUGGCAAUCCUUUGUCCACGGAGUCCAGUUGCUGGCUAUAGUAUCCUACAGGUCUAUUUUGAUCUCCAUUUUUUGAGUCAGAACACCUAAGGCGUUUCCCUGAGUUUUAUGAACAAUAAAAAUGAAAUAUUAUAAUGUGGAUGUCCUAAGCACUGGAACAUCUAUAAGACUCUUUUUAAUUUCUUCCAGUGUAAUUUUUCUGUCCAUUCCAGGGCAUCUGGCUUAUUUUGUUUUAGAAGAGUAUAUAAAGGUUUAGUUUUCAAGGAGAACUUUGGAAUCACAUUUCUGCAGUAACCUCCAAAAUACUCCAACCUCCAAAAUACUCUAAGUUGUUUCUUAGUUUGGGGCUAAGCAAGGCCAAUAUUCCUUUUAUUUUAUCUGGAUUGAUAAAAAGACCUUCCUGUGAUAUUAGAUGACCUAACUAUCUUGCUUGAUUUUUAUGCAACUGAAGUUUUUCCUUUAAGACCUUGUAUCUCUUUGAAACUAAUUGUUGUGAUAAGUAGAUUCCAUCCUCUAUGGAGGCUUGUUUAUCCUCUGAGUAGAGAAGUAAAUUGUCUAUAUACUAUAUCAAGGAGGAUUUUUUUAGAGAAGUAGAUGUCAGAAAGGUCAACUUUUCAUAUUUGUGAAAAAUAAGUUGAAGUCUGAGUGUAUUCCUGCGACGUGUGUAUUGUCUGUCUUCCCAAGUGAAGGUGAAGAUAAAUUGACCAUGUUUAUCCACAGUCCACAGAAAUUCUAAAGAAUGCAGUAUAUAAACCUGCUAUAUUGAAGACCUCACCUUCAGUUGAGAUAGCUGCCAACAGUAUUUGGGGAUUCGGUAAUACUGGAUGUCAAGGAAUGCCUAUGUUAUUAAUUGCUCUCAGAUCUUGUACAAAUCUCCACCUUUUACCAUUUGCUUUUCUUAUGGAAGUUUUAGGGUAAUACAUGGGCUUGUAUAAGGAAUAAUCAAGCCUCUUUUUAUACAAUUCAAAAUUAUAAAUCUUAUCCUUUACAAGGUUUCUGAUCUUAGAGUGUAUCAUUUAAAGGUUGGAAGAGGUUUUCAUGGAUCUUUAUGAAUUUUAAUUGAGGCACCCAAGAUAAAUUUUCCAAUGUUAGUGGAGGUUUUUGACCACAAUUGAUCAGGUAUUAUUUUUAAUGGCUCUUGUGUAAUUCUUUAUUAUUUAACAAUUUAAUUUCCUCCAUAACAAUAUUAAUUGCAAUUUGUGAAUUAAAAGGAUCCAAUUUCAAAAAAAAUGUUGAACCUGAUAAUUCUGUUUUAUCUUCUAAUUCUAAAUACAUCGCUCCCUUUUGAUAGAAAGCAAUGUGGGUCUUGUAUAACUCUAAAAUGUCUCUCCCUCUCAAAUGACUUGAGAUUGAGGGAACCAAGAGGAAAACCUGUGUACCCUUUAGGGGACCUAGCUGAAUAACUGUAAGUUGAGGUUUAUAUACUGAUAUAGGAGUAUUAGUUAAACCCACACUUUGUAUUGUUUUCUUGGUCCGAGGAAUAGGACCUUGUAAUGAGGCAAAAUAAGGCAAAUCACGAUAAAGCAGCUUCGGUGUCCUUAAGAGUUUGUGUUUGUUUUCAAUUUAAAUUAAUUUCAACUUCCCCUAAUGUAUUAGUGAGGAGAAAAGAGAAGGACCCUUUGAUUUCCUUGGUGCAUCCCUAUUCUUUUUCUUAGUCCUGUUGCUGUUCUUUUUAUUUUUGUUUUCUGUAAUACAAUCCCUUUUGAAAUCUUCAGGCUUUUUGCAGUAAUUGCAAAGUGGGGAACUGUGUCAGUUUUGGAACUUAUUAGGCUGUUUAAGGGUUAUAAAUUUGUCAGACGAUAGUUUUAGUUGAAGCUCAUGAUCUUCUUUAUUUUUCCUCUCUGUUUAAUUUCCCUUUCCUUUUCUUCCUUGGUUAGGGCACAGGACAUUUGACUGGCAAAAUCAACUGCAUUAUGAGUUUAAGAGAGAGUCAUUUUCAACAUUGUUAACUUCAGUAAAACCAAGAGUCUUUAUAGAGAUGGGAUGGCCCCUAUGGUGAAAUCUACAAGCAGGCCAAAAUGGCAAAGGCUUCCACCUAAAAAUGUUUACUACUACCGUUGCCCAGACCACAGGAAGAAUUACGUGAUGUCCUUUGCCUUUUGUUUUGACCGAGAAGAAGAUAUUUACCAAUUUGCUUACUGCUACCCGUAUACUUACACACGCUUCCAACAUUACCUUGACAGUCUGCAAAAGAGAAACCUGGAUUACUUCUUUCGGGAGCAGCUGGGCCAGAGCGUGCAACAGCGGCAGCUUGACCUCCUGACAAUAACCAGUCCUGAAGACAAAUCUGACCUUGAAAACAGUGUGAUGCAGAAGAAAAUAAAAAUCCCCAAACUUUCUCUUAACCACGUAGAAGAAGAUGGCGAGGUUAAAGAUUAUGGGGAAGAAGAUUUACAGCUUAGACACAUCAAGAGACCUGAGGGGCGGAAGCCGAGUGAAGUGGCGCACAAGAGCAUCGAGGCAGUGGUGGCCCGGCUAGAGAAGCAGAACGGCCUGAGCCUGGGCCACAGCACGUGUCCAGAAGAGGUCUUUGUGGAGGCCUCGCCGGGCACAGAGGACAUGGACAGUCUGGAAGAUGCUGUCGUGCCCCGGGCUCUGUAUGAGGAGCUGCUGCGUAACUACCAGCAGCAACAGGAAGAGAUGCGCCACCUCCAGCAGGAGCUGGAGCGGACUCGGAGGCAGCUGGUACAGCAGGCCAAGAAGCUCAAGGAGUACGGGGCACUUGUGUCUGAAAUGAAGGAGCUCCGCGACCUUAACCGGAGGCUCCAGGAUGUGCUGCUUCUGCGGCUUGGCAGCGGUCCUGCCAUUGACCUGGAAAAAGUAAAGUCAGAAUGUCUCGAGCCCGAGCCGGAGUUACGGAGCACUUUCAGUGAGGAAGCAAAUACGUCGUCCUAUUACCCCGCUCCUGCGCCUGUCAUGGACAAGUAUAUCCUAGACAAUGGCAAGGUCCAUCUGGGAAGCGGGAUUUGGGUUGAUGAGGAGAAAUGGCACCAGCUACAAGUAACCCAAGGAGAUUCCAAGUACACAAAGAACUUGGCAGUCAUGAUUUGGGGAACAGAUGUUCUGAAAAACAGAAGUGUCACAGGAGUCGCCACAAAAAAAAAGAAAGAUGCAGUCCCUAAGCCACCCCUCUCGCCUCACAAACUCAGCAUCGUCAGAGAAUGUUUGUAUGACAGAAUAGCACAAGAAACUGUGGAUGAGACUGAAAUUGCACAGAGACUCUCCAAAGUCAACAAGUACAUCUGUGAAAAAAUCAUGGAUAUCAAUAAAUCCUGUAAAAAUGAAGAACGAAGGGAAGCAAAAUACAAUUUGCAAUAAACUUUGGAUUUUUCAUAAAG